AUGAAAACAGAACAUAAUAAAAGAGGUUCAGUUUCGUCUUCAUUAUCGAUUAUCAACACCAUCACAAAAAUAGCUAAACCGGCAGCGUAUUUUGUCCUUCUCGUGCUAACUUACACCUUAGGUUACUUAUCUCAUUCUUCUUCUUCUCCUUCGUUACCACCACCAACGCUAUCAGCACCACCGUCGCCGACGCUAUCACCACCACCAUCGCCGAGGCUUCACGUUUCAUCUCCCUUAUACCGUCUAUCUGACAUCAACACAACCGAGCUCGAACCAUUUCGAGUGAAAACACACUGCGCCGAACCAAUUCCCCCGAAGAAUAUUCGCAGCAUACUUAUCAACCAUAUCUUCGACGGAGUCUCGCCGUUUACCGACUUUCCUCCGCCGCACGCGGAAGAGAAGCUUCUUCGCAAGAAGGUCGCAGGUUGGGGUUCAUACGGCGCCGUUUUCGAGAACCUAAUUCGUAAAGUGCAGCCUCGGAUAAUCGUGGAGGUUGGAACGUUUCUUGGAGCUUCGGCGAUUCACAUGGCUGAGUUGACUCAGCGACUCGGACUCGAGACUCAGAUUCUCUGCAUCGAUGAUUUUCGUGGUUGGGCCGGGUUUAGAAACCAGGUAAAAAACAUAGCCAUGUUAAACGGUGACGUUUUGCUUUAUUAUCAGUUUCUUCAAAAUGUUGUUACUUUCAAUCAAACCGGGUCAAUUUUACCGUUACCGUUUUCGAGCGGGUCGGGAUUAUCCAAGCUUUGUGAAUUGGGUAUAUGGGCUGAUUUGGUAGAGAUUGAUGCGGGUCAUGACUUUUUAUCGGCCUGGUCAGAUAUAAAUCGAGGUUACCAGAUAGUCCGACCCGAUGGGGUUAUUUUCGGGCAUGAUUAUUUUACUGCUGCAGAUAAUAGAGGGGUUAGAAGAGCUGUUGAUUUAUUCGCUAAAGUUCACAAUCUUAAGGUGAAUGUUGAUGGCCAACAUUGGGUUAUAUACCCCAAUUAUAUACAAUAA